GCAGCUAGUCAGUGCUCGGUGGCACACGGGAAAGCAGGCGCUUCUGCUUGUGCGAGUCCGCCUCCACAGGACGCGCAACCCGUCAUGGCAUGAGCGCAGAGCUGCAAAGAGACGGGCAUCUCGCCCUCUUUCAACCCGUGCAUUCUUCCGCAAACGCCUUCAGUCGGCUCAUUGGGAAGCGGUGCGCUGGUACUUCGUCGUGGCUGCGUUACCUUCGUAUCCUCACUGGCAGAACUGCGUUUUUUAUCUCUGGAUUCAGAAUAUAAAUAUGCAAUACAAACCUGUGACUGAAGAAAAGAUAUAUGUGACUUUAAGUUGAAACUCUGCUCCCAUUAAUGAAUCGCGUCUCAUCCGAAGAGUAGCCUGUAUCUGGAGAACUGAGUGUCCGCUACAGGCAACUUCGAGAGAGCGGCGGUAUGGCAGGUGUGGGUGGCCAAGGUGCGCUGCUCCUCUGCGCGCUGCUCCUGCCCUUCGCCCAGCUAAGCGCCCAGGUACCCGAUUGCCAAGAGGUUCGUUCCUCCUUCCAACUUCUUCAUCCGGGAAUGAAAUGGGCACCGGAGAGUCCUGUGUCAGGUGCGGACCUACAGGUGUGCCAGUCCAAAGGGCUGAGCUGCUGCUCACGGAAGAUGGAGGAGCGGUACCAAGCAGUGGCCCGGCAGAACAUGGAGUCCAACCUGCAGGCGGCCAGCGCCCAGCUCAAGCUGCUCAUCAUGCAGAACGCCGCAGUCUUCCAAGAGGCCUUUGAGAUGGUGCUUCGCCACGGCCAUAACUCCACCCAGACCAUGCUGAGGGCGGAGUUUCCCAGCUUUGGGGGCGGGACCAACACAGCGGUUGGGCAGCUCUUCCUGGACAUCUCCUUCUACAGCAUGGGCUCAGACGCCAAUGUGGAUGAUAUGGUGACGGCCUUCUUCAGCCGGCUGUUCCCGGCGACCUAUAGACGCCUCCUAGGGGGCGGGACCAGCACAGCAGUCUUGGAGGAGUGCCUGCGAGGCGCCUGGGUGCAGACCGGGGCUUUUGGCUCCUACCCCAAGCUGAUGAUGACGCGGCUGGCGCGCUCAUUGCCGGCCACCCGCACCUUUCUGCAGGCGCUCAACCUGGGCAUCGAGGUGGUAAACACCACGCAGCACCUGCGGCCCGGCCGGGACUGCGCCCGUGCCCUGCUCCGCCUCUGGCUCUGCCCCCGCUGUCUGGGGCUGUCCUUGGCCCCACCCUGCCCCACCCUCUGCCCCACCCUCAUGCAGGGGUGCCUCGGGGGGGCAGCCCAGGUGCAGCCCCACUGGGAGGCCUACCUGGAGGGGCUGGCGGCUCUGGCGAAGGCCAUGCGGAGUGAGCGGGACGCGGAGGAGGCGGUGCUACGGCUGCAUGCGGUUGUGCGGCUGGCACUGCGUCAUGCGCUGUCCUCGCGCAGCCGCCUGCUAACUGCGGUGAAUGCCAUGUGCACCCGUACCACUCACCGUGUGUCUCGCUCAGCAUCGACCCCUGCUGACCGCAGCCCCCCCACUCCUGACCGACACGCGCUGCAGCCCGUGCCCUUUAACCCGGAAGAGACCCUGGCUGGCCGCCGCAGGGAAUUCAUUGCCAGCCUGCAGGGCUUUAAGACCUUCUAUGGCAGCCUGGGGGAGACACUGUGCAGCAAGGAGACCCCGGCACUCAACGGCUCCCACUGCUGGAACGGUCAAGAAAUGACAGCCAGGCUAUCUGGCUCGGGAGGGAAGCGUGCCCAGCAGAACAGCCCCGAACCCAAGCAAAAGGCCCCUGAGCCAGUGAUCAGCCAGAUCAUCGACAAACUGAAGCACAUCAACCAGCUACUGCGGCAGGUGACUGUGCCCGUGAGACGUUGGCGGUGGCAGCCAGCAGGUGGCGAUGCAGAGCAGGGAGGGGACACGCGCGGCAGAGAGGAUGACGGGGGGAUGUCGGAAAGCGGCGACUGCGACGACGAGGACGAGUGCGGCGAAGUCUCGGGGAUGGGGCCCCCGCCACUCCAGACCCGCCUGCGCAUUUUCGCAGACCUUGCUGACAGCUUAGCUAUGGAUGACCUCACCUUCCACGAACAGCUGUUGACCCCUGAAGUCGCCACGGAUACCGAGGGAGGGUUGGUGGUGCCAGGUCGUGUGGGGAGCCUGAGAGCACUGGGGGGGAUCGUCCCGGCGGCCAGCAUCUUGGCUGUGCUCGCCAUCCUGCUUGGACAUCCCUAAUCCCCGCCCACAAUCCCUGCUCCCAUUGGAUAUUCAACAGUCCAUCAACUGAGCCACACCCCCAUGCCCAGCUCCGUCCGAAUAAACAAUGAGGUCUUCUACCAUGACAUCACGCCACCCUGGAAUCAAUCAGGGGUAUCCCAAUGUGAUGUCCACCCCAGUGAGGGCUGUGGAAUGAUCAGUACUCCUUUAAAACUUCUAUUUCACUGUUGACUUCCUGCUCUGGACUGCUCUCCGAAAAACUUACUAUAGACUUGUUCUCAUAUCUCAUCCCCAGCUGACGACCAUCCCAGCCCCCAUUUUGUAAAUACACACCCACACAGGACCCCCCCCCC